AUGCCAGCUGCAAAAAGUGCGGCUUCGCCACAAGUCGCGCAAUCUAUGGAGGAACAUUGCAGAACAGGGGGAGCAACUGCAUGCUCCGCUGCUGGUGGGUAUGCCACCCAUGCUUCAGAGGGACACCCACAAUCGAAUACCCGUGGCAGCAGGAUCUUGCCUGGCAGCGGGACUGCCGCGAAAAGUGUGGCUACGCCACCAACCGCACAAUCUCGAUCCCAACUUUGCAGACCGCUGGAAGCAAGUGCGUGCUCCGGAAGCAGUGGGGGUGCAACCCGCGUCUCAGCAGGACAUCAGCAAGCGGCGCCCGUCGUCGCCUUGCCCAGCCGCAGGAGCGCGACAUUGCCCGAUCCUUGCCCCAUCUGUGCAAACACCUAUCAGGUGACACACCACAUCAGACAGAAGGCGAGCUGUUGCAAGCAGCGUGUGUGCUCAGAGUGCAGCACAGAGAUCUUGAAGCGAGCUGGCAUCGGGGGUCGUUCGCCUUGCCCUUUCUGCCGCCACACUCCUCUGCAAGUGCAAGAUUCAACUUCCGAUUCUGAGGAUGAGAACGAGGUCGAAGCCGCAAGGCAGGCACGACUGGCCGAAGACCACCAGCUCGCGCAGGUGCUGCAGGGCAUUGAGGAUGAGGGCAUGGCCUCUUUUGCCAGUCGACUGGGACGCCAGAGAUCUCAGGCUCCGAGUCAGGCAUCAGGGAAGACCUGGGUAUUUGUCGCGCAGGAAGGCAGAGUGAAAGCCUUGGAGGCAGAAGUCAUGCAGCUGAGAUCUCUUCUAGGGGCGAGGCAGAUUCCAGGCUCCAGUAGUACGGGUCCCAGCACGGAGUUGCACAGGCCUCGUGGCGCUAGCUUCAAGACCGUUCUCUGCCGUUACCACCAAAUGGGACGCUGCUCGAAGGGAUCUGCUUGCUCCUAUGCCCACGGAGCUGGGGAACUGCAAAGCACCAACCCGACGGCAGCUGCCAGCGCAAGUUCGACAUCGACAGUCCAGCGGCAGCCAGCCAAUUACAAAACCGUGCUUUGUGAAUUCUUUGAGCGAGGCUCUUGCAGGUACGGCGCUCAGUGUACCUUUGCACAUGGCAGUGGGGACUUGCGAGCCUCAGGGCCGAAUCGAGCAAGCAGCGCCAGCAGCGCAGUGAAGAAUUGGCUUGCCGCACGCAGCCUUUGUUGUCAGGCAGGGCUGGGCACGGGUGUUUCUCGGAGCAUGGAGGGUCAGACAGAGAUUGCUGCCUGGCGCCGGCGCCUACAAGAUGCCAAGUCCAGAAAGCAACCCUUUCAUUUUCCUUCAUCUCUCAGCGCAGCCGAUAGGAAAGUGAUCCAUGUCCUUUGUGAUGAGCUCGGCAUCCGCCACGAGUCUAGAGGUGAAGGAGCUAGCCGUUGCAUCUACAUCUUCUUCGAUUCUGAUGCACCGGACUCAAUCUCGGACUUUGAUGGCGAGAUCGAUACUCUGGAGUACAUGGGCCACAGCGAGCCUGAAGAGUAUGAUGACUUUUAUGAUCAUUAUGAUUUGGACGGCGACUUCUUUGACGAAGAGUGA